AUGAGUAUCUCAAGUGCCCUCGAGCAGCUACAUUCCAAAUCCUGGGAUAUUCUCACCAUUCUAGCUGCCGCUGUGUUAUAUCUCGCAUGUGUUCGAUUGAUUGUGCCAAAGAAUAAACGUCUUCCGCCAGGACCUCAAGGGAUCCCGUUCCUUGGCAGCCUGCAACUCAUUCCCCGUCCGCACCAGUUUAAGACCUUCACGGAAUGGGGCAGUAAUUACGGCGAUGUGGUGUACGCCAGACUGUGCCGGAAACAUUUUGUGAUCUUGAACUCUCUGCGAGCCGCUCAAGACCUGAUGGAAAAGAGAGGCGCCAUAUACUCCGACCGCCCGGAGUUUGUACUGUUCAACAACAUCUACGAAUGGAAGCCAAUCCUGUCAAUACUCCCUUUCGGCGACGACUGGCGGCAUCAAAGGCGGUGGAUGCAGGAUGCGCUGCAAACUCGCAAUGUUCUGCUUAGUUACCGUCCUCUUCAGAGAAGCGGUGUGGACAAGCUCAUCGCUAGAUUGGCGACUUCCCCGGACUCUUUCUUAAGUCACAUUAAGAGAUACGCGAGCAGCUUCACCUUGGAGGUUGGAUACUCUCUAGAUGAAUCAUUUGCGGAAGACAAGUUCGCUCCCGUAGCGGAAGAAGCAAUGGAGGCUAUCUUCCAGUCAGGAAGCUUCGUUGCAUCUUCCCUCGACUUUUUCCCUUUCCUCCAGUACAUUCCCGGCUGGAUUCCUGGAGUUGGUUCCAAACGCCUUGUCUCACAUGUCAGAGGUGCGAUCCGCCAGAUGAUGGAGCUCCCUUUCGAUACUGUGCGCAAGAACUCGGGCUCUGGGACGUCGAAACCGUGCUUCGCUACCAGUCUGAUAGACGAGAAGUUCAAUGGGAGGAUGACCGCACAUGAGGAAGAGUUAGUCAAGGGUGCCGUAUCUACUUUAUGGAUUGCUGGCGCCGAGACGACUGCGCUUGUCCUCACAACGUUCAUUCUCGCGAUGCUCGUGCAUCCUGAUGCUUUUGCGAGAUUGCAAGAAGAAAUAGAUUCUGUCACUGGCGGCGAGCGGCUUCCAGAGUUCGAAGGCAGGAAGGAUAUGCCGUACCUUGAGUGCGUGCUUAUGGAAGUGUAUCGAUGGAAUCCACCUCUGCCGCUAGGCAUAUAUUUGAACUCGUGUGUCUCUCAUCGACUCAUUCAGGAUGAUGUAUAUCGAGAUUACUUCAUACCUCGAGGAUCCACCAUCGUACCGAAUACCUGGGCUAUGUCGCGGGACCCAGCUAUAUAUUCUGAUCCAGACGCCUUCCGUCCUGAGAGAUUUGAAGGCAUGGACCCCACAGCGCUCAAUAGCGCGGAUCCAAAGAAGUAUGUCUUCGGAUUUGGCCGACGUAUUUGUUCUGGCCGUGCAGUGGCCGACCUCAAUUUCUGGCUUGCGGCAGCAAGCAUUGCAGCUACUAUGAACAUAUGCAAAGCUACCGAUGCUGCCGGGAAUGAAAUUGAACCUAUUGUGUCCUUCAUCACUGGCAGCACGAGUUUCCCCCGGAAGUUCGCAUGCAACAUACAUCCGCGUUCUUCGCUUGCAGCGGAGCUUGCAGCUCAGAUGAAUUUGACUGAAUCCCAUUCAUGA